CCUUUGUCAUGGUUUCACCACUUCAUGUUCCCUCAUUGGUGCCCCCACCUUCCUGUCUCCUGGUCCCCACACCCUGUGUCCCUGCCCCCUCCCCCUUCUGUGCGUCUGCCACCGUCUCCAGCCUGCCUGGGCUGCGUCCCAGCGGCCUGCCUGGCCGUCCUCCCUGGCUCCCCCUCUGCGGCUCCGAGCUGGCCCCACCCCCUGCCCCCCCUCAGGCCUCUGAUCCGCCUGCGGACACAGAGGUCGAGUACCCAGCACAAGGCCCCCGGGUGCAAGGACAGACCGCAGCCCCUCGGCACCCACAGAAGAGCCCCCCAGCGGAGGGCAUGGGGGUGGGCCGCCCCACCAGGUUUGGGGCGCCUGCCCGCCACUAGGCCGAGUGGAGGGGGCGUCCCCGCCCAAUGGGCCUAGCCAGGGCCCUGCGCCGCCUGAGCGGUGCCCUGGAGUCGGGGGACAGCAGGGCGGGCGAUGAGGAGGAGGCCAGGCCAGGGGUGUGCCGGAAUGGGUGGGCUCCAGCACUGUCGCCGGUGGGGCGGCGCCGCGGGCGCUUUGUCAAAAAGGACGGCCACUGCAACGUGCGCUUCGUGAACCUGGGGGGCCAGGGCGCGCGCUACCUGAGCGACCUGUUCACCACGUGCGUGGACGUGCGCUGGCGCUGGAUGUGCCUGCUCUUCUCCUGCUCCUUCCUCGCCUCCUGGCUGCUCUUCGGCCUGGCCUUCUGGCUCAUCGCCUCGCUGCACGGCGACCUGGCCGCGCCACCGCCACCCGCGCCCUGCUUCUCCCACGUGGCCAGCUUUCUGGCUGCUUUCCUUUUUGCACUGGAGACGCAAACCUCCAUCGGCUACGGUGUGCGCAGCGUCACCGAGGAGUGCCCCGCCGCCGUGGCCGCCGUGGUGCUGCAGUGCAUCGCAGGCUGCGUGCUCGACGCCUUCGUCGUGGGCGCCGUCAUGGCCAAGAUGGCCAAGCCCAAGAAACGCAACGAGACGCUCGUCUUCAGCGAGAACGCUGUCGUAGCACUGCGUGACCGCCGCCUCUGCCUCAUGUGGCGCGUCGGAAACCUGCGCCGCAGCCACCUCGUGGAGGCCCACGUACGGGCCCAACUGCUGCAGCCUCGUGUGACUCCAGAAGGUGAGUACAUACCACUGGACCACCAGGACGUGGACGUGGGCUUUGACGGUGGCACAGAUCGCAUCUUCCUCGUGUCUCCCAUCACCAUCGUGCAUGAGAUCGACCCCUCCAGCCCUCUCUAUGAACUAGGGCGUGCCGAGCUGGCCCAGGCCGACUUUGAGCUAGUGGUCAUUCUUGAGGGCAUGGUUGAGGCCACAGCUAUGACCACACAGUGUCGCUCUUCAUAUCUCCCUGGUGAGCUGCUCUGGGGCCAUCGUUUUGAGCCGGUCCUCUUUCAGCGUGGCUCCCAGUAUGAGGUCGACUAUCGCCACUUCCAUCGCACUUACGAAGUCCCGGGGACGCCAGUCUGUAGCGCCAAGGAGCUGGAUGAACGGGCGGAGCGGGACUUCCACAGCCCCAAGUCUAGCUUCCCCGGCUCUCUGGCUGCAUUUUGUUAUGAAAAUGAACUUGCUCUGAGCUGCUGCCAGGAAGAAGAAGAAGCCAACGGUGGUGAUGAGGCAGAGGCAGAAGAUGGGGCUGCCAGUUCCCAAUCACUCACGCCAACCCUGGCGCUGCCCCUGCCGCCGUGAUGCCAGCUGGCGCCCUUCCCGCUCCCGGUUUGUAUCCCCUUCCCAGAAGUAGCAGGAUGGAGAGAUCGGGUCUUCUCCUCGGAUGAGGCCAGGUGGUUCCCAAGACUGCCAGGCCUGCUGGAUUAAUUGCUGGCUGGUGAAGCUCUGCCAUGCCUAGUGGACCCACUAUGGACAGACUGGAUCUUAAUUCCUCUGCGUCUGUGCUCCUUCCUGAGACCCCUUUAUCAGCCGGAUUCCUGAGUCUCACCAGGUUGAGGGAACCAGAAUUCUGGACCACCGAAGAGACAAAGACUGGUGGUUCUAGAUUCUUCCAUAUGGCUGGUUCGGGUUGUUGAGCAGGGUCAGGAAUCAAUGGUCUAGACUGCCUCUGGGGGAGGAAGUCAGCAGUUCUCAAGCAGCGACAGAGAUCAAGAAUGUAUAGGUCUGGAAUGACCUAAGAUUCAAGGAACUGUUGCCUUGAGACUCAGCCAACCAAGGAGCACAUCGUUUUUUCUAGACCAUCUAAGGAGGGAAAACCAUGGAAUGCCCCAAGAAUUCAGGACUCUCUUGAUUGACCAAGGAUAGGGAACGUUGACUCCAAGUCAAGAAAAGACCUGUGGUUCUAGAAAGUCCAUGUCUUGAGAUUCUACAAAUCUAGAUGGACCACUGAGACAAGCACUGGUGGUUUGAGAACAGAUUUGACCUAGAUAGUAAAACUCCAGAAACUAAAGAGUUAUGUUUCUAGAAUGCACAAAACCAUGGAGAGUCUGUGGGUCUAGAAGGACUAAUGUGAUACAUUGGGAGUCCCUGAUAUAACUCCAGACCACUGGCUGUAAAAUAUCCAAGCAAGGGGAUGAUCAGUGCUUUUAAAUGAUCCACAGUUGUUGUUUUUAAAGUGCUAUUCUAGAAUGUCCAUAGGAAUCAAGGUUCUGUGGCUCUAGAUUGAUCACAGAGUCCAGGGAGGAGAGGCGAUUCUAGAUGAUCUCUUUGUAGUUCUGUGAUGCCAAAAGGAACCCAGGCUUCAGGGGUCCGGAGUUGUCCAUUAUCAAAACCUGGAAGUUCUAGGAGGUGGGCUCACACUCGACAGGCAGCAUUUCUGGGCUGCCCUAGAAGGUGAGGGCCCAGGCAAGGCCCUGCGGAGAACAGGGCUCGUUGUCAGGCAAGGGGAGAGGCCCAAGGCUGGUGAGUCUACAGUGCUCUGGAAUCCUACACC